CUAUUGUGGCUAGUCGUUAUUGUAGCUAGCUUCACAUAGGUUAAAACCACCUACUCACGAAAACAACCCCAAACCAUCCCGACUAACGUUACGUUCAACGGUGUUGCAUUUAUAUCGUCUACCCAUUGGAAUAUAAGGGAACCUAAAACGAUUUAUUUCGAAAUUAAGAAGAAUAUUUUUUGAUGUAAUGUACGCCCGAUAGCUACGCCACAUUCCUCUGAUAGCUACAAGUCGCCAAUGUGAUGUUAUAUGCGGAAAGAGACAUACGGGAACCCCAUUGAAGUAAUGAGGUGAAGAAGCACAUAGCAGGCUGAAGCAGCUGGCUACUAGCUACCUUCCAUACUCUGCUAAGUCUUCCGGGUGUCCCCAUCCAAUGCUCCUGAAACGCCAUGAGCCACAGCUGGGGAGGAUUUACUACUCCAUAGACUGCCAUAUCUCCUGCAGCCUUUCCCUCUCUGUCCUCGGGCCCCCCUUGGCCCCUUCCCCCCUUCCCCAUUGGCCGAGAUGAAGAAGGUGGGGCAGUGGUCGGCGGAGGAGGUGUCCCAUUGGCUGAGCGAGGAGGGGAUGCAGGAGUACGGCGACUCCCUCCAGCAGGCGGACGGCCCUGCCCUGCUGCGGCUCACCCCGAAUGACUUCCUGACCCCGCCCCUCUCACUGGUCUCCUCAGACAACGGGCGGCAGCUCUUGGAACGGCUGGAGACCCUACGGAUCGAGCACCACAUUGAGGAGCACCAAAAAAACGGCCACGCCAAUGGCCAUGGGAGGCUGCCCAACGGCACUGCCAAGCCCCUGCGGAAAAGCUCGCUGGGGCUUAAUGGCUUCCGGAAGGAGAUGGUCCAAAUCCCCAUCCCCAUGUUGGAGGCUGAACGCUCUGGGUUCCCCCAGGAGUGGGGCAAGACAGGCGUAGCGUUCCUCUACGCAGUGUGCUGCUUUGUCACUACCACUGUGGUCAUCUCGGUGGUCCAUGAGAGGGUGCCGGCCAAGGAGCAUACCCCACCGCUGCCCGAUAAGUUCUUUGACAUUUUUGACCGGGUGGAGUGGGCCUUCUCUAUCUGCGAGAUCAAUGGCAUGCUGCUGGUGAGUCUGUGGCUGCUGCAGUGGACCCUGCUCAAGUACAGAUCAAUAAUCAUCCGUCGGUUCUUCUUCAUUGUGGGUACCCUCUACCUGUACAGAUGUGUCACCAUGUACAUAACAACUCUGCCUGUUCCAGGGAUGCACUUCCAAUGCUCUCCAAAGCUAUUUGGGAACUGGGAGGUUCAGAUGAGGAGGAUCAUAAAGCUGAUCGCCGGCGGAGGCCUGUCAAUCACCGGCUCCCACACCAUGUGUGGAGACUACCUGUACAGCGGCCACACAGUCAUUCUAACGCUAUCAUAUCUCUUUAUCAAAGAGUAUUCCCCUAAGAGGUUUUGGUGGUACCACUGGUUCUGCUGGACUCUGAGUGCAGUAGGCAUCUUCUGCAUCCUGCUGGCCCAUGACCACUAUACUGUGGACGUGGUGGUGGCUUAUUUCAUCACAACACGUCUCUUCUGGUGGUACCACACCAUGGCCAACCAGCAGGCGCUGAAAGAGACGUCCCAGAGUAACCCAUUCUCCAGAGUCUGGUGGUUUCGACUGUUCCAGUACUUUGAGGAAAACGUCAAGGGCAUUGUCCCUCGAAAUUAUCAGCUGCCGUGUUCAUGGCGAUCGUCUCUGUGGAGCCAGGGGGUAAAGUACAGCAAAGUGGACACCCAGUGACCCAGGUUACGUGAGGGGUGGGAGCUGAGCGAGAGACCUCCUGAAGUUGUGAUCGUCUGAAGGAGAUGGUGUCGUGUUGCCAAGCCAGUGCUGUUCCCUUGACUUGUUGGGCUCAUAUUAGAAAAAUCCCAGUUCUGGCUAGCACUGUGACCAUAGUCUUACACUAGCGCUAAAAAUAAUUUUAUUUGGGGAAAGGUUUUUGAAAACUUAGCACACUACUUUGAUCAUGUCUUUUUUGCUUGAGACACUUUGCAAUGUUGCGUUGUCUACAGCAGAUCUGGUUGAUAUUUAAAUAUUAUAUUUCAAUUAUUUUAGUUUUUUUGUUUUGACCGUGGCUGUAACAAGUAGUUUAGACUCUUUUUCUCUGCAAAUAAUUUGAGAAAUUCUGGUCCGAUAAGGUCGACCAAGUGCAAAUCAUGUCACUGAAAUGUUUAUUUGAUAACCAAAAUGCCAUACGUUGUCUGGGGGAGUUUUAGAUGCAAAGCAUUUUUUUUAUUUUUUAACAAAUUACUUUUUUGUCAACUACAACGUGGCAAUGGUGCAAAAAAAAAUUUUUUUCUAACAAUUGCAACUUUAUUUUUCAAAACAAAUAAUGUCCCCAAAAAUAUUUUUAGAUUUUUACCUUUUUCAAGAUUGAAUGCUGAAAGCAGAAGAAUCUGUGGUAUUUAGAAUUGUUCCAGUGCCUUCCUUAGCUUGAUUGUACUAUGUGUCUGUGUUCCUCUGCCUCGCGCGUGUCUGUCUGACUGCCCACAAGGUUGGCAUGAAGCGGUUCCAAAUGAUCGUUCAAGUCCUGUUCGCAUGAAUGUAAGAAUAAUAAUGCCAGCCUUAUAUGGUAAUUAGUCUUCCCAAAACCAAAAACAGUGAGACGAGUGAAAUGUCCUGUCUAUUUAUUUAUGUUUUCAUAUAUAAUAUUUUUUUUCCAUAGCCGGUGAUGUUAUAGCAGUUAAUGAAGGACCGUUAAAUUGUUUGGUUAUGUCCUAAUCAUUUACUGACCCUUAGCCAGUCUUGACCGUGUUCUAAUCUUGUUCCAAUCCUAUUCCAACCAUGUCCUUGCAAGAUGGUCCCAGAGGGUUUUCAGUCCUCUAACAUGUCAUUAAGAUUUUAAAGCUCAUUGACUUGCUAAUAAUCUUGUAUCAAAGGCUAGUUGCUAACUUUGAAAGAAUGAUGAAAACCAGGAAACCCUCUGGACCUCAAGGACUGUACUAGAGUUGUGCAGCACACCUACAAGUCUUUGUAAGAGAUACUGAAUCCCUAUUUUGUCAAACAGUGUUCUCGAUACAGACCCAGAAAAUACAUCUUACUGGCUGUUGUAGACUUGGCCAAUAGAGCAGUGUGUUCCUGAAUGCAGCCUGCCAGAAUGUCUUACUGAUAAAUAGGGCCGGAAGGACACCAGUAUCACAAUAUUUUUUCCAUUGCAAAAAUGAAAACCCGAAGCAGGCUAACUCUUUGGUCCUUUUAAAAACCUACUGUAUGUAAAAUAGUGUGCUAUAGCUCCUGAGUGGCGCAGCUGUCUAAGGCACUGCAUCUCAGUGCUAGAGGCGUCACUACAGACACCCUGGUUCGAAUCCAGGCUGUAUCACAACCGGCCGUGAUUGAGAGUCCCAUAGGGCGGCGCACAAUUGGCCCAGCGUCGUCUGGGUUUGGCUGGUGUAGGCCGUCAUUGUAAAUAAGAAUUUGUUCAUAACUGACUUGCCUAGUUAAAUAAAGGUAAAUAAAAAAAAUAGCUCGGAAAAGAAAUAAAUGUGACUAUAGAUGACAUCAUAAUGAUGUUUGUUUCUGACAUUAGGACUGUUUUCCUAAAGAAGUUAAUCCCGCUUCGUGCUUUGUUUCCCUGCCACGAUACUGACGAGUAUCUUGAUACUGGUAUCAUCCUGGCCCUACUGAUAAAGACAAGCUUCUUGUGAUUAUUUAUCUGUCUUAUUGACAUACAUGUUGAUCUUAAUGCAGUUCAGUGGUGAUAUGCCAUCUUUGAACUUUGUCAAAUGUAUAGGGCUUUUCAAUGUUGACUUGUUUAAAAACAGAAGUUUGAGGCAAAGUUAUCUUGAGGCUGAAAGGGGACGUUGGUAGUUACAAUCAUGUAUUGGUACUGUCCUGAAUUACAUUGGCUGGCAAGUUUGCAAUGCCAAAAAUACUUUAGUCACAACUACCUACUAAAGAAGCUAACAAAUUGUACAAAGCCAAUGGGCGAGGGGGCCAAAUGCACAGUACUGGGGAUCUAAUGUACGGACAAAUCCACACAACAGACAACGUACUGAUUACCAUGAAUGUGAAAAUGGUCUCUAAUGAUCCUCGAUACACUGGUGCAUUAAAAUGAUUUGUGUUACCAUUCCAACAGCACAACAUGUUUUCUCUGAAGUAGAGCUGGAUCGAGUCUUAAGAAAUUACCUCAGUUCAGCUGUCUGACUGGAGAGACUGAACUGAUGAUAACAUGACACUUUCUGUUAUGAAAAUGCAGCAUGGCCCAGUAUAAUAGAACUGAAUGGUGAGACAGGACAGGUUAAUAUAAUGGACCUCAAUUGUAUUUAUUCUUUAAAAAGAGGUCUAGCCUCUAAUCAUUGUUGUACAUUUUUAUGUCAUGAUGGGGUUUUUUUGUGUCCUAAAGAGUAGCAGUACUAAAUCGAUAAUGAUGACAUAAUUUGAAUGCUGAAUUGAUGUGCUAUUUCUUCUAAUGGUGAAUGUUUUGACAAAUGUUAUUUUGCCUCUUAGCUUGAGGAGGCAGCGGUGGUUGUCCUCUAAAGAAAAGGUUGGGACACCUUCGUUCAAGGGGUAUAAGGUUGUAUGUUUAUGGCUAUAUUAAAAGUACAUAAACUUUAA